UGACAUAUAUGUGCCUUGAAAUCAUCAACUUCCCAGAGUGGGCAGAAUAGCACUCCAAAGAAAAUGGAGUUUCUAAAUGCAGGAAUAUAUCUUCUCAUCUCACUGUUGUUUCUUCUAGUUCAUCAUGUUUCAUCACAAAGAUCCACUUACAUUAUCCACAUGGACAAAUCCUCCAUGCCCAAGGCAUUUUCCAGUCACAAUUUUUGGUAUUCUUCCCUUCUUACAUCAUCAUCAAGACCAGUCUCUCAAACUUCGGAGGCCAAGCUUAUCUACACCUAUGACCACGCCUUCAACGGGUUCAGCGCUGUGCUGUCGGAAGACGAACUCGAAGCCUUGAAGAACUCAGCUGGCUUCAUCUCCGCCUACAAGGAUGGUGUCGUGAUGCCGGACACGACACACUCCACCAAGUUCCUUGGCCUCACCAGUGCUUCCGGCCUCUGGCCGGCUUCCAACUACGGCAAAGACGUUAUAAUCGGCAUUGUCGACUCCGGCAUCUGGCCGGAGAGUCCCAGCUUCAGAGACGACGGCAUGACUACGAUCCCCGCAAGGUGGAAGGGGGCUUGCAACGGCGGUGAGGGUUUCAAUUCAUCGCUAUGCAACAAGAAAAUCAUCGGAGCCAGAUACUUCAACCAAGGAAUUCGAGCAGAGAAUCCGGAUGUGGAGUUUAAAGAUUCAGCAAGGGACGACACUGGGCAUGGCACCCACGUGGCGUCAAUCGCUGCUGGAAACAUUGUGGAGGGAGUUUCCUUCUUCGGCUACGCGCCCGGGACAGCGAGGGGGGUCGCUCCCCGAGCUAGACUGGCGGUCUACAAGGUCCUCUUCCCCGCAGCCACUGAAUCCGAUUUGCUGGCGGGAAUGGACCAGGCCGUUGCUGACGGAGUCGAUAUAAUCUCCGUUUCAAUAAGUAGCAGUGCUAAUAAUCUGUACGAGAGUCCUUUCGCCAUAGCCGGCUUUGGUGCGAGGGAGAAGGGAAUCAUGCUUGUUACGUCCGCAGGGAACCGCGGGACUCGUGGAGUUAGAAGUAUAUUUAAAGGAGUCCCGUGGGCCGUGGUUGUCGCUUCGGGAACCGUUGAUCGUUGGUUUGCCGGUACUUUAACUCUUGGCAACGGGAAAACGAUCACCGGAUGGACCACAUUUCCUGCUACCGCGAUACUCCGGAACCUGCCUGUCGUGUACAACCAGAGCUUAACCGGCUGCACCGCAGCUGAGCUGGCGGAAGCGCCGGAAAACACCAUCAUCGUCUGCAACACCACCAUCGGAAACACGGAUUUCGACACCGUGAUGGGAGGCUUAUCCAGUUCCAACGUCAAAGCAGCUAUAGUCAUAGCCGAGGAAACGUCUAUUUUCCAAUUCAGCACGUUUCCUUACCCCGGAGUCGUGAUCACGGCGGAGCAGGGACAGCAAGUCGCUGAUUACGCGCUGACAAGCACCUCCCCCACCGCGAGCAUCGAUUUCCAGCAAACAGUUCUCGGGAGGGGGCCGAGAGCCGCACCGGCUCUCUCUGACACCUCGUCCAGAGGUCCGGGGCGAUCCUACGAGGGCAUCCUGAAGCCCGAUCUGAUGGCGCCAGGCGUGUUGAUCCUGGCAGCCUUCCAGCCCCACUUCCCGGCUGCCAGGAUCGGCAGAAACAUCGACCUCUCCGCUGGCUACAAUCUCAUGUCGGGCACGUCGAUGGCGUGCCCACACAUCUCCGGGGUGUUGGCGCUUCUGAAAGCCGCACACCCCGAUUGGAGCCUGGCAGCGAUACAGUCUGCGAUGAUGACCACCGCCAAUCCUCUGGACAACACGAACCGGCCAAUCAGGGCGCAGGACGGCUCGGUCGCCUCCCCUCUGGGCAUCGGGUCGGGUCACGUUGACCCGAACCGAGCGUUGGAUCCGGGCCUUGUUUACGAUGCUUCCGUGCAAGACCUGGUGAAUCUGGUAUGUUCCAUGAACUUUACUCGCAACCAGACUCUGACGAUCAUAAGGUCGAGCUACAACUGCUCAAAUCCGUCGUCCGACCUCAAUUAUCCGUCGUUCGUGGCUCUAAUUCGAGAGGCAGAGAUCGGGAGGACAUUGACUCGGAGGUUCCGGAGAAGUGUGACGAAUGUAGGGGAUGGUGCUGCCACGUAUAAGGUUACGGUGGAAGUGCCGGCGAACACGACAGCCGUAGUUCAGCCUCAAACGUUGGUGUUUGGGAAGAAAUACGAGACGAAGAGCUAUUCUCUCACGAUUCGGUACAAGGCUGAUAUAGAGAUUCAGCAUAGAGAAGGCGCAGUCAUUUGGACUGAUCAAACCGGCAAGUAUAGAGUGAGAAGCCCCAUUAUGGUGUCCGCUGCCGCCGACAAUUUCGAGUAAUUUUGAUUGACAAUGGUUACAAGGCCGAUAAUGUUAUCUGAUGUUCAAUAAUGAUGCGGUUAUUUGUUAUUGUUUAGUUUCAUGUCUUAUUGUAUCUUCCUAGAAUGGGAAUCUUUUUAUGUAAUCUUUGUUUGCAUGGGAAAUUGCAUAAAAUCAUUCAAUAAACAUAUGUUUUCUCCUUGGGAGGUUGAA